UUCCAGAUAGGAGGAAUGGGCAAGACAAAUUCAGUGUAAUUGGGUUGGGCUUAACUAAUUGCCUUGAAAAGAGGAAACUAAGCCUAAAUUUUUAUCCAAGUGGGCUAGAAUUUGGCUUGCUGAUGCCCAAAUGAAAUAAGCCAGCCCAAGGAAUCUUUGCUCUCCAAACCAGUUGCCUUUCUUCUCCAACCAGGCAACGACCGUACCGGUGAAGGAACCAAACGCGUCAUUAUCGGAAGUAAGUAACCAAACGUCUUCACACAGAAGGGGUAAGCAAAGUGAUCAGAAAGGAACCAUUGGAGAUCAUCUGGUAGGCAAAUUCGAUCGGCAAGAUGAGUUUCCUCUUCGGAAACAGAAAGACUCCAGCCGAGCUGCUGAGGGAGAACAAGAGGAUGAUCGACAAGUCAAUAAGGGACAUAGAGAGAGAAAGGCAAGGCCUUCAGACUCAGGAGAAGAAGCUGAUUGCUGAGAUUAAGAAGAAUGCCAAGAAUGGGCAGAUGGGAGCUGUUAGAGUAAUGGCGAAGGAUCUUAUAAGAACAAGGCACCAGAUCGAAAAAUUCUAUAAGCUUAAGUCGCAACUCCAGGGCGUAUCUUUGAGAAUACAGACCCUGAAAUCGACUCAAGCAAUGGGGGAAGCUAUGAAAGGUGUGACGAAAGCAAUGGGACAGAUGAACAGGCAGAUGAAUUUGCCAUCCCUGCAGAAAAUAAUGCAAGAGUUCGAGAGGCAGAAUGAAAAGAUGGAAAUGACUUCAGAGGUGAUGGGCGAUGCUAUUGAUGAUGCUCUUGAUGGAGAUGAAGAAGAGGAAGAAACAGACGAGCUCGUGAGCCAAGUUCUCGAUGAGAUUGGGAUAGAUAUUAAUAACGAGCUGGUUAACGCACCUUCAGCUGCUGUCUCUGCACCAGCUGGAAAGAACAAGGUCGCGGCCCAAGCUGAAUCAACUGGGAACCAUGAAGACACUGGUGGACUGGAUGAUGAUUUGCAGGCAAGAUUAGAUAAUCUAAGAAGGAUGUGAAUUUCAGAGGAGAAUCAAACGAAACAACUUUUUAACUAUAUGUGUGAGACCAAUGAUGAUGUUUGUGGUGGCAAUCUUUCCAGAGUAAACUCUUUCUUCUUUCCCACUUAUGAUUGUACAUAUUUGAACCCAUGCUGAUGAACUUCAACCUCUGUAUGCCUUGACAUCUAUCAAGGUGUGAAAAAACCCUUGCUCUGUACUUACUAAGUUGGAUGAUUCUUAUUUAAUAAGAGUGAUACUUUACUAGCAUAAUCUAAGAUGGAACCAUAAUAUGGUUUGAGAAUACUCAGGCACCUGAGGUUUAGACAACAUUUAGCAAUCCUACUGUGGAGAUUGAAUCAUUUUCAGGCUAUAACCUGUCGAUGGAAGCCCCGGCAAAGGGGACACUGAGAAUGGGAGUAGAGCCACAUUGCUAUGCAAGGUGCAUGUAAAGAGUGGUUGCAGUUUGGCAGCAGCUGUAGACAUUCCUUCUCCUCAAAACUCGACGAGCACACUGCACACAGCAGACACUGCUUCAGAAUCUUGUUCUAAAUUACUCACUUAGUCACUUUUCCCUUCAUGUAUUGGAAUGCCAAUACUACAGGAUGACAUUCUAUGCUGCUUUGUAGGUUGGAACCCGGUAUGCGUUACUGGAUGAGGAAGCCACCACCAGCAUCCCUUCAUUGCUAGAGCGAAAAUCGAAAAUGAGAUGGAUGGCCAUCACCGCAACCACCACGAAACCAUAGAAAAUGGUAAGCAUCUUUGCUUCUUCAUGAACUGAAUCUUGAUGAACAUUCUUGUAGUUAUAUCGGAAGUCUGGAAAAUGAAAUGGAAGGUGAUAGCUAGCUAGCUAUCUGCAAUGGCCCUACCCGUCAACCAUAUACGUCAAGCUUGAAGGCGCCAAUUCUUUUACCCUCAUGUACUUAAACUACUUUACUUUAGUAAAGCAUUCCUUCUCAUAUUUCCCGCCGUAGAACACAGGCUUGGUAUCUACUUAGCUUGGAACAGGAGAGAAAAUGAACCUGAAACUGAAAC